AGAAGGUGGCGCUGUGAAUGUAGCAGCAAACUGCCGUUAAACAAUAGUAGAACAAGAGAUAGUUGCGGGAAAACUGAAGCGGAUGGUUCCUGUGUUGAUAUCGUCAAAGUAUAAGAAAACAAGUCACCAUGAAAACCCCAAUGGCUACUGAUGUCAAAAAAGGGAUCUCAGUCCUUUGGGAGACUCUGCAGUGUCCAAUAUGCUUGGAUUUAAUGACUGCACCUGUAUCGACUAAGUGUGACCAUCAGUUUUGCAAAUUUUGUAUGAUGAAACUUUUGGACAACACCAAACAAAACAGGGCAACCUGUCCAGUGUGUAAAACCAAGAUAACCAAAAGGAGCUUGCAGGAGAGCCCUGGGUUUCAGAGACUUGUAGCAGGAUUGCAGGACAUGAUACAGGCAUAUGAGCAUGACACUGGAAUAAACUAUUUCACUGGAAUGGAACUACAGAAAGCAAACACAGGAGUCUCAGAUGCUGAAGCUACUAAACAAUGUCAAGAUCCGUCAUUUGGAGAUACACCUGACAACGUUGAAAAUGUUGACAAUGAUGAUCUUUCAAGGUCUCACUCCUCGACUAUAGCAGCCCAGAAUGGAUUUGCAAGACUCAUGGGACUUGAAGACACAAGUCCUUUGAUAACAGAAAAUGAAGGCCUGGACAGUGGCCUAGGGGAUGCUCUGCCAACAUCUGACAGGAAAAUGCACAGCCCUACAGAUAAUUUGGAAACAGAAAUGUCAGAGGUUGAGGAAACACACAAAACUAGAGACAUAAUGAGGUUUCACAAAUUGGAGAAUACCUCCCAUCGUCCAUCAAUAAUUCCAGAUGAGGUUGAACAUCAGCCUUUAAGAAAGUCCUCAAGGAAGAAGCAGAAAAAGGAUUUGAAGUCAGACAAGAUUCUCAAGGAGAAACAGAAGAAAAGUCGAGAAAAAGUCGCUGAGUGGCUCAUGAAGGUUCCAGCUGAAGGAAGUCUUGACUUGGAGAAACCAAACGAAGAUGAUUCUGACAGCUGUUCUUCUUCUUCAACGAUAGAUGUCCAGCAGUACAACAGUGAUGUCCAUUCUAAGAGGGAGGAUCGUGCUAAAGCCCUUGAGGAGCAGGUGUUUGGGGCCGUCUACAAACGAGAGCGAAGAGGGAGCAGGAUCCUCUCUCCUCCAUUUAAUGGGUUUAUCAGUCCAACAACAAAUAAAGAAACAAAAAAGGUUUCCAAAGUGAGGAAGAGUGCUCUCACUCCAGCUGAUUUUGUCAAGAAAACAAGCUCUGAAGAUAAAAGUGAAAGUGAUGUGGAGGAAGAGCAACAAAGAAUAGAUGUAGUACAUGAUGCCAGCAGUGACUUUUUUAAAGACCAGAUGGAGAAAAAUGAUAUUGAAAAAUAUCAGGAAGAGUUAAACACCUUGCCAGAAACUGACAAAAAUAAUGGCAAAGAUGAGGUUCCAUGUCCUGUGCCUGAUGUUGGACAACAGCUACCAGACAGAAAGUCAAACAAAAGGACCCGUAACAUUCUGCAGCAGGUAGACAGUGAUUUGCAAGAGCAAGCUAAGAUUAGGUCAGAAAGUACUGAGCAAAAGAAAACUGACAAGAGAAAAGGUAAAAACAUGAAGUCAGCAAAAGGAAAACCUGCCAAAUUGGCAAAACCCCUGGUUCUGGUUGGAGUUCAAAAUGCAGAAACCAGUCCCAAGACGAUACCAAGGUCAAAAGAAGUCCAAGUUCAUAUUGAGAACUACCCCAGCAGCGAGGACCAAGAAGUCCCUGUCACAAGGAGCAACCGGAGAAGUAGAAGACUUCAAGUCUUCACAGAGGAAGUCCAGGAAGUUCACAAGAGAGAAAACUCGAAAGCCAAAAAAGUUGACAAAGACAGCAAUGUUGGAAAGCAAUCAGUUGAAGCUAAAGAUGAUGAAAGGCCACCACCUAAAAAUGGAAACAUGACAAAAGUGCCUGAAAGAAACGGAUGUAUUUAUGAUCAAGAUUUAGGAGAAAUAGAAAACAUGGAGUCUGGUGAGAGAGCAUCUUGUUUGACACCAACAGAAGAUGUGAAAGAGUCUGUUGCUGAGGUACCAGAUGCUGAAAUUUUGUCUGAAGCUAGUGCUGCCUGUUGCAUCACUGUGGUCCCAAGCUCUACAAGUCCAACUGAAGCAGCUGUGGUAGAUGCAACACUGGAAAGUGACAAUCCAACAAAUCAUCUCCCGAACAGUAUGAAUUUGGAAACAUUCGCUCGCCAGACAAAAUGUGUGGGACCAGAACAUGAUGAGGAUAGGAAUGACAGUGAACUGGACACUGAGCAACUGCUCAGGAGCUUCAAAGCCACUAAAAGGAAAUCUUUCCAUCUUGGAGGUCCUAAUGUGAAAAGGAUUCGUGGUCCGGACCAAGAAAUAUCUCACAGUGGCGAUUCGGAGGAGAACCAUAAUGUUUGUUUUGGUGAUAAAUCUGCAAAAAAUCUGCCAAACACAAAAGUGUUUGAACUCACCAACCAAGAGGCAUUAAGGGAUGACGAAAACUCAUAUUGCAGUGAUUUGAUAUCCCCAACUAACUCACCCGCACCGACAAGAAAACCAGUUGUUGAGAAAGCAGAGCAAGUGGUGGUAGAAGCCUCGAUCCCUGAGAGCAGCUGGUCGGGUCAGGACAUUGCUGGUGGUUGCUGUGUCUCCAGGAAUAGUGUCAGCAGCACUCUUCCUCCUAAUACAGUGUCAAAACGCAACAUCGAAAGUCCUCAUCUUUCUGUUGUGCCUCAAGUAAUAGAUUCAGGGCUCUGCUUCGUAGCUGCAGAACACCAGGAGCUUAAUGAACCCUUGAAGUGCUCUCAGAUCACAGAUAAUCAGCUCCAUGGUACCAUGAGGGAUGCUGGCAAAGGGAAGGAAAUGAGAGACAUUUUGGUGCACGAUUCAACUCCUUCAGUCAUCGUCGCCGAACAGUUUUUAAACACGGAGUCCUCGUUAACUCCAGAUGGCCUUGGAAUACCAGUUGUACAAAUCAUCCACGAAUCAAAAUCUUACAGCCAUGGCAGUGGAGAGCUGAGCGCCCAAUCCUCUAUCAAGAGCAUGAGCAGGAAGAGGGCACGAAGGCUCGAGUCUUCUUCCGAGUCAGACUGCAGUGAAGAGGAGUUACCAGCUUUGACAGAAAUUUUUGGAAAAACAGCUCCUGCCCCGGCAGUGACAAAGCAUCAAGGAGAAGCCAAUGAAUGUGAAGGUGCUACAGCUGGUGGAGAGCCAGAGUCCAGUCGCCCACCUGCGUGCCCCAGCCCGGACUUCAUUGAGUCCAGCCAAGCAUCUGUGGACUUAUUUGGCACGCCAGAUGAACGUGACGUCCCAGUAAACAACAUUGUUUCUUCACAACUUGAAUCAUCACAAUUUUCAAGUGAAGUCCUUGUUACACAGCAAAAGCUAGAAAUGCAGAAGGAGCUGGUGAGGUUGGAAAAGCUGAUGGCUCUGGUGACGGAGGUGCUUCAGGAGAAGGAAGACAGUCCUGCAAAAGUCCCCACAACAACAAAUCAGAGCAGCAAACCCACAGGCCCCGACACUCUCCCGUGUGACCAGAACACAGGCCAAGGUUCAGACCGGGAAGCUGCUCCAGAAGUCGAGCGAGAACCGAGCACAAGACAAUCUGAUGGCAAAGGGGUCGCCCAGCCCGGUGUGUCGAAGCAUGGCGGCCCUGCAGAGACGGCAGUGCAGCACUCCACGCACACUGGGCCGAGUGUAAAAAGCACUGGAGCCUCUAGGACUCUUAAUUCAAGUUCAACAGCCAAAACGUUGAAGAACAAUGGUUCACCGUCAGAAGACAAAGAAAAUAACACUCCACCGAGAGAGAGAAGCAAAGCCAAGAUGGUGCUGGUGUCAUCUGGGUUAGGCCCCAGCGAGCAGAAAAUGGUGAAAAAGUUUGCCAAGCAAGUUGGUGCCCACGUGGUUUCCCAGGUAACGGCGGAGGUGACCCAUAUCAUAAUGCACACAGAUGAACGACUGGUAUGUGAGCGCACGCUGAAGUACUUCCUUGGCAUCGCAGGCAGGAAGUGGGUGGUGAGCUUCCAGUGGAUUUCAGAGUGCUUCAAACUAAAGAAACUCUUAGAUGAGAGCGUCUUUGAAGUAAGAGGUGACGUUGUUAAUGGACCCGACCACCAGGGCCCCAUGAGAGCUCGAACCACUGAAGACAAUAACUUGCUCAUGAAGGGCUACAAUAUCUGCUUCCAAGGACCUUUUACAGACAUGACUACAGAUGAAAUGGAGUGGAUGGUGGAGCUCUGUGGAGCAGCUGUCAUUAAAGAUCCUCUUCUCCUCGACAGUAAACAGAAGUCCCAUCAGCUGGUCAUUGUACAGGCAGGAUCAGAGUCGCCGUCAUCCACACACAGCAGUCUCUCUAAACAAGCAACUGUGGUGACACGUGGUUGGCUGUUGGAUACCGUGGCAACUUACAGUCUUCAAAACUACAACAAGUACGCAACAUGAGCUGAAGUGCAUUAAACCCACAACUCCUGUUUUUUAAUGUCCAGUACAGUAUCUAAACUGUCCUUCAUCUGUUUUAUUGACAAAGCUGUAUGUGUUGUGUUUGCAUGAUGUUCUGUAUAUAAAGUUUAAUCUACGGAAGAUA